AUGAUCGAAGUGAUUCUGAACGAUCGCCUGGGAAAGAAGAUCCGUGUGAAGUGCAAUGAAGACGAUACGGUGGGUGACCUCAAGAAGCUCGUUGCGGCACAGGUGGGCACUCGCCCGGAGAAGAUUCGCAUCCAGAAAUGGUACACAAUCUACAAAGACCACAUCACGCUCGAAGACUAUGAAAUCCACGACGGCAUGGGGCUCGAGCUGUACUAUACAUAG